AUAAAUAAAAACCGGCCUACUCGGCCCAGUGCCCACUCGGUCUAGUUAUGUUCUGUACGCGGUCUUGAUAUUUAAUCUCGGCAGUGACAUUUUGUGUUAAAAUAUUGUAAAAUAUAUAGGACUGAUGUCAGCAUUGGCUGCGGAACUUGUGGCGCCAGAGGCGACGGGGCGUGCAGAUGCAGAACAGAUACAAGUGCGAAUGAUGCGGCGCGAAGACGCGGCGGCCGUGCACGAGAUGAUACAUGAAUUAGCGACGUUUGAGGGAGUACCCGACGGGCCGAAGCUCAGCGAGCAGGAUUUAAUAGAAGACGGUUUCGAAAGCUCACCAUCGUGGUUUUUUGGACUGGUAGCCGAGAAGGACGGGCGGAUGGUAGGGCACGCGAUGUGCAACCGUGCGUACUCGAGCUGGACACGUCGCGCCUUCUACAUCGAGGACCUGUACGUGCGGCCGACAGCGCGCCGCGGCGGCGUCGCUCGCCGCCUGCUGCAAGAGCUCUGUAGGAUAGCGGUAGCGGAGGGCGUGCACCGCGUGGACUGGCACGUGCUGGAGAACAAUGCCGACGCGCUGGCAUUCUACUCGCGACUCGGAGCACGCGACCUGCGACUCACGGAGGGCCGCGCUGCGCUGCGCCUCGACCGGCCGCGCAUCGAGGCCGUCGCUGGAGGACACUUGCUGUCUGCCGUCAAAGGCGAAGCGGUUGAACCUGCACUUAAUAGUUAAAAUUACAACUAUUUUGUUAAUUAUGUGUCUCAAGUUUAUAGUUUAUACUUUUUUUUUACUUUAAUAUCUGCUACGAGUGACAUGGUUUUAAGACCAGUAUUUAAUCAUGAUUAAUAGAUGAAAUAUUUUGAUGUUACAUAAAUAAUAAAGAAAAAUAAAAAACCGACAACUAUGUAUAGUAUGUAUAGUAUGUAUACCAACCCAAUGAGUGCAAAUAAUAAAAUAAAACGAAAAAUCAUAUCAAAAAUAACGAAAACCUUACAUGCAGUCGGUGCAGCCGAGUCUGACCUCUCAGAAAUCAUUUUUAGAAUCCUGCUUUCCCAUAUACGGCGUUCACUAGAACUCUAAAAGUAUCUUUGUAUUAUUUAUAUACCUUUACGUAUAUUGUAGACCUUUUUCAUUUCAUAUAGGUAGGCUGACUGGAAAAUCGAAUGGGAGACUUGAGGGUGAGAGGGUGAGUGGCCACCACUGCCGAGAGACAUUGGUACCUCAAGAUAAAUAUUACUAAAUCCUUACAAAAAUAAUGCGCCACCAACGUUGGGAAUUAACUAAAGUGUUAUGUCCCUCAUGUGUUAUGUACUUACCGGGGCGCACUCAUCCUUUAAAGCGGAACACAACCCUAUUAAGUAUCGCUAUUUAGCGGUAGAACAUAGUUUAUUUAUGU